CGCAUCACAAGCGACUUCUCUAAGAUCCUGCAAUUUCGAUCACUUUGAGAUCUUUUUUUGGCCCAAAUUUAAGCCAACAAUUUAAGAUUCUAACAUCAGAAAAAAGCAAAGACCACUAUGGACAACAUGAGCAGCGACUACAGCCAAGAUUACUACGAGGAGGCGGCCAACAGCACCAUGUGUGACUUUGAUGAAUGGGAGCCGUCAUAUUCCUUGAUUCCUAUCCUCUACAUGCUCAUUUUCAUCCUGGGCCUCACCGGUAACGGCGUGGUCAUCUUCACCGUGUGGCGAGCCCAGAACAAGCGUAGAGCUGCAGAUGUCUACAUAGGAAACCUGGCUCUCGCCGAUCUGACCUUUGUUGUGACCCUGCCCCUGUGGGCCGUGUACACUGCCCUGGGAUACCACUGGCCCUUUGGUGUCGCCCUCUGCAAGAUCAGCAGCUACGUGGUUUUGCUCAACAUGUACGCCAGCGUCUUCUGCCUCACCUGUUUGAGCCUGGAUCGCUACAUGGCCAUCGUGCACUCCCUCACCAGCACGCAGCUGCGUACCAGAGGACACAUGCGGGCAUCACUGGCCUCCAUCUGGCUCCUAUCCGGCGUGCUGGCCGCACCCACGCUGCUCUUCCGCACCACUGUGUACGAUGUCGAAACCAACCGCACCUCCUGCGCCAUGGACUUCAGCCUGGUUGUGAGCCAACCGGGCCAGGAGGCGCUGUGGAUCGCAGGCCUCAGCCUCUCUUCCACAGCUCUCGGCUUUCUCAUCCCUCUUCUGGCCAUGAUGGUCUGCUACGGUUUCAUCGGCUGCACCAUCACGCGUCACUUCAACAGCCUGCGCAAGGAAGACCAGCGCAAACGCCGCCUGCUGAAGAUCAUCACAACACUGGUGGUGGUGUUCGCUGCCUGCUGGAUGCCCUUCCACAUCGUGAAGACCAUGGACGCCCUGUCUUAUCUCAACCUGGCGCCCGACUCCUGCACCUUCCUCAACCUUCUCCUGCUGGCCCAUCCGUACGCCACCUGCCUGGCCUACGUCAACAGCUGCCUCAACCCGCUCCUCUACGCCUUUUUUGAUCUGCGCUUCCGUUCCCAGUGUCUCUGCCUGCUGAACCUGAAGAAAGCCCUUCAUGCCAGUCCGGCCAGCUCACUUUCUUCACAGAAGACCGAGGCACAGUCUCUGGCUACUAAGGUGUGAGGAGGCGGGUGGAGGGAAGAAGUCAACUACCCUCGAACUGUUUCAUCCUUCACAUGAACUCAAAGGUAAAUUGUUGGGGACAAGUAGACUUUCCAUUUUAUGUGACUUUGGGAACUUGAGGAACCGGCUUCCCCUGUCCUGCACGUUGGUACUCUGUGAACUGAUUCUGAAGAACCGGUGCCGUGGAUUUAUCUCGGUAUCUCAAGCUGAGACUGGAGAUCUUGGAGGCACCUCAAGAAAGCAGAACCCCUCCGACAGCUGCGCUCCAGACGUGCAGAACAGAGUUGAAUGUAUAUGGGUGGGGGCUUUUUGGCUGCCUUUGCCCCUCAUGCGGGCGCAUAGGUGCCCCUGGAGAGAUUCAUAGACUUGGAGGGUUGUGGGUGGUCCGUGGAAGGUUUGGAGAGCAAUUUACAGCUCUUCUGACACCGCAUGAUGUUUUUAACUAUGCUCCUUACCAUCUUGUGUUUUGGUUAUUUGUUUUUCGUCCUGUAAGCACUUGUUCAAGGGGCAGAGAUAAGAACCCAGCUGGUCAGUCUGCCUUAUCUAAGUCGUCAAGUUAGGGGAGGAAGGGACGGGUGACUCACCCGAGAAGAAGUGUUGCAGCUUGAUUAAAGACUUUCGGGGGGGGGGUGAUUCGGGGGAGACGAAAGCAUGGAGGGGGGGGCUCAGACAGACAGAUGGCAACUAACAAAUGUUGUCGGGGAAGCGGGACGCCCAAUUAAUAGGUGGCAGCUUCGACAGAUGAGAUACCCUAGAAUUUGCGUGUGUGUGAACUAAUGAAAUGUGUGUUGGUAAACUCUGAUGAAUUAUUUUUUAUUUUAAAACAUAACCUUGAGAAAACAAAACAACUGCUGUAUGAUGCUUAUAUGCAGUACUCUAUGAAUAAAAUCAAUCUUCUUUAUCAAAAAUA